AUGAAUGCACCUAAGCAACCGCAAGAACCAAUAUACGACCUCCCCCUCCGCGACAUAACAACCUACACCCACUCUCCCACCACCACCACCCAUCCCAUCGCAGCCCGAACCGCCCUCCUCGACGCCCUCUCCUGCGCCAUCGAAACCGCCUCGAAAUCCCCCUCCGCACGAGCCCUCCUCGGCCCCAUCAUCCCCGGCACCAUCGUGCCUCACGGAUUCCCCGUCCCGGGUACCUCUCACACCGUAGACCCAGUGAAGGGUACCUUCGACCUAGGCGUCCUAAUCCGAUACCUGGACCACAACGAUGCGAGCUGGGGAAUGGAAUGGGGACAUCCAUCGGAUAACAUCGCCGCCAUCCUCGCGACAGCCGACUACCUAAGCCGCCACCCCAAAUACUUCAAUGAACGGAAUCCAACAAUCUCCACCCUGCUCUCUGCAAUAACCAAAUCCUACGAGAUCCAAACACACUAUCAAGCGCUCAACGCCUUCCACGCACACAACCUCGACCAUGUCAUUCUUGUCGAGUUGGCCUCAGCGGCCGUCUGCUCGUGGAUGAUGGGCCAUUCUGCCACACAGACGCAGAGUAUUCUAUCCCAUGUGUGGAUGGAUGCGGGCCCGAGUCGUCUGUAUCGUACCCAUCCGUGCACUGUGCCUCGCAAGGGGUGGGCGGCUGCUGAUGCAGCGGCGAGGGCGGUUGAGUUGGUGUUCAGGGCGGAUACCACUAGGGAUAAUGGGAGCGGGGAGGCGAUGAGGGGUGUGGGGAGUGUAUUGAGUCAUGAGGGGGGUGGGUUUCGGGAUGGGAGGUUUGGGGGGAGGGAGUUUGAGUUUGUAGGAGGGCUUGGGGAGAUGGAAGGGAGGGGUGUGGAAGGGGUGAUGUAUAAGAUUAUGCCGGUGGAGGGACAUGGGUGUGCGGCUGUGGAGGCUGUGUUGGGGCAGAUGGAGAGAGAGCCGGAGGUGGUGUGGGAUGAGGUGGAGGAGGUGCUGGUGAGGGUGCCUUGGGCGGCGAAGUAUAUUAUCUCUAGGCCGGGGAGGGAGGCGUUGAAGUGUGCGGCGGAGAGGGAUCAUUGUUUGGAGUGGGUUGUUGCGGUUGCGAUGGUCAAGGGGAGGGGAAUUGAGGUGGAGGAUUAUGAGGAGGAGGGGGGGUGGGUGGGGGAUGAGAGGGUGGAGGAGUUGAGAGGGAGGGUGGUGGUUAGGGAGGAUGAGGAGUUGACGAGGAAUUAUUUGGAUGUUGGGAAGAGGAGUAUUGCUGCUGGGGUGGUGGUCAGGUUAAAGGAUGGGCGGGUGUUGGAGGAGGUGUUGGUGGAGUUUCCGGUUGGGCAUGUGAGGAAUCCGAGGACGGGGGAGGAGGUUAGGAGGAAGUUUGUGAGGAAUAUGCGGUUGAUGUUUACGGAGGAGGAGAUUCGGAGGAUUAUGGAGGUGGUGGAGAGGGAUGAUGCUAGGGUGUGUGAGUUGGUGGACCUGCUUGCGAGG